AUGCCGACCCCUUCCAUCCCAAGCUCCGCCAGCAACAAACAUCUUGCAGAGGAGACGGAAGAGGAGUCGAACCUAGAGGCAGCCGAGUUCCGGAGCAUUGCAAUCGAGGUGCCCCGAGGCCACAUUCAAGAGGUGGAAGAAGGGCUGCAGAGACUUCGUCAGCAAUUCGAAGCAGAGAUGCAAAGCAUCACGGCUCGCUUGGGGAGUGUCGAAAAGCAGCUCGGCGUUUCGGAGAUGCCCAGUCCGAACUUCCAAAACAGAUCUCCGAACAGCAGUGCUGAAAGGGUCGAGACGGUGAAUGCGGAAGACAGAUCUACUCCUGUGCAUUUUGAGGAGAGCGCGUGGAACAUCCCUUUGGUCCUCGGUCUUGCAGAUGUGGGUUGGUUUGACAACGUCUUUGCAGUGCUGCUGGUGCUGCUGAACCUGCUGAUGCAGGGAUCGUUUACACAGAUUCUGUUAUCCGAGUACUUCAUGGGUGAGCCGUUCGAGACAAGAGUGCAAAGUGCAAUUGAUUGGCGAACCAGUAUAGCCCAUGACUCUCGUUACCUGGACUUGGCCGGAACGAGCCUUGUUUCUCGCGUGUGUGCUGGCGAUGGGUCCUUAAUCCUGUCCACGGUCCAGGCCACGCUAAUCGAACAAAUUAACGACUUCCUGGGCUUGCAAGCGACUGAAUUUGACUUCAACUUCUGGCAACCGGGCACCCUUCUGUGCAUGUUGUGCAUCUUGCUGUGGAGCCUGUGCGUCUACAAGGAAUUCCGAAAAAUUUGGCAUGCGUUGGAGGCGGCCACUACGAUUCCAAAGGCCAGCGCGACGGACUUCCGCGACAACACGAUUCACUGCCUGUCCUGGGGUCGUGCCCUGGCGCUGCUGAUCACGUACAUCAUCAGAGCAGGCAUCGCCUCCGUACUGCUGGUUGCCGGAAUCCUAUGGCUGGCAAGGACAACGUCCAUUGAGGAGCUGAUGCUUAACUCGGUUGCUUUGAACGCCAUCUUGGAUGUGGAUGAGUUCCUCUUCGAGGGCAUGACGCCUAUCAAGAUCCAGCACGCGAUACGAAGUGUCGAGCCCAUCAGCGUUAAGUACUCGCACCGGCGCAGCCAGGUGGAGUCCAUGGUGCAUUUCCUUGCGGUGCUAGCAACGGUCCUGGCUUCGUAUCUGUUCCUGCUCGUGCCUCUCUGUGAAACCAUGAUGACAGUCAAACGCGAGCUGUGCGAUGGCCAGAGAGACUUCGUGGUCGCGUACAACACGGAGACGCAGGUUUCAUGGGGCAUGGACACAGAGGACGUUGCUACAGUGCGAGCUUCUUAUGAGCUUUCACCCAUCGAGCGAGCCGUAAUGGCUUACAAGGGCACCCCUUCGAGUCUGCAAGAGGACUGGCCUCGGACAAUCUAUUUUUCGGACAACAGGCGAACUUUCAACACGGAUGUUGCUCGCACGGUCACCAACCUUGGCGAGCAGUUCCCAUUCUGCAUGGAGACGACUGUCCUAGUGGAAACCGGACAGCUGCAUCAAGAUCCCGCGUUGCAGCCAAUCGUUGAACUUUUCUUUCGUAACGCUGCUUCAGCUCUGGGACGACCGAAUGCCACGACGUGCGCCGAGCUAGCUGAUCUCUGCAGUUUGCCAGAUGCCCGACUGCUGCGUGUGACCUGCGGCCAAACCUGUGGCUGCACCGACCCUGUAAGCUCUGCAUGGCACAAGGUGAAGCCUAUGGGAUGUUCCGCCACGUGCCUGGCCGAAGCACAGGCCAAGCUUCAUUCCAUGUCCUGCGAUGAUGAUGUUAUCAACGAUGCUGGUUGGCAUGCGUUCUGGCAUGAGUACGAAGGCGCCAUUAUCGGACACUAUGGAGAGGGCGUCGUUGGUACCCAGUUUUUCGCGCUCCUAAGUGGCAUCGCCCAGGAUUUCUUGUCCCAUGGGUGCCCCGUCCUGCAGACACUGCCUUCCGAGAUCUUGACAGGUGUUUCUUGGUGUGACGGCCAGCCGCAGCUGUUCCGCCCUUUGGCCUCCAUGUGCCCAGUCCAGUGUGGUUGCCGGGAUGGACGGGCGUCACCCUUGCCGAACGGUUUGCCGAGCUACUGCCCAAGCAGCUGCUCAAACAGCACGUCUUCUUGA